AAAAAUAAAAUACACUCUUUGGUGUUACAUACAGUUUGUUGUGUGGAUGUGUCUGGGACAGUUUACGUGUAAUGAAACAUUCAGCACCCAGCAUAAGGUAUCAUUCAAGCAUCACUUUACGAUAUUAUCAACAAACCUAUCGCAACAGCCAACAGCCAACAGAAUUUCUGGAACGGAUUCAAACGUCUGAGACUCCCCGUCUGUUAGCAAUCAAACAGACACGCAGAGUCAGUUUGCCUGUUCCAAAAGACUAGCGCUCUGAAGUCACGCGUGACGGGGUUUUCCUUUGUACAUCAAAUCUUGCUGAAGGAAAAACUGAAGCCGAAAUUGGAUACGGCAGAAAUGAGAUCUCAGGACUCAAGAGACCCAGCUCCAGCAUCCAGCUCCGAUACAGUCCGCUCAGAAAGUGUACAACACAAUUCGUGGUUGUUUAAGCGAACUCCUUACAUAGCCAUGGCUCUGUAGAGAUUUCCUUCGCUAGAGGACGUGUUUAUUUAAAACGGAGGUGGAAGGUGGGCCACAAGUGGCUAUGUCAGAACAGGACUACAAAAUUGUACCGGUAACGCUGAAGGAUGUCGAGAAGGUGUUAGAACACCUUCGUAGGUUCUUUUUUCGCGAGGAACCCCUCAACGUCUGCAUAAAUCUCUUGGGUGAACGAGGAGACGAGAAAUGCCAGGAACUUGAGAACUAUUGCAUCCAGACCAUUCCAGAAGGUUUGUCACUGAUGGCUGUGACCCCUAGCGACAAAGUUGUUGGAGUGAUACUCAACGGGUCCCAUGAACCAGGACAUCUGGACGAGAUGCAGAGAAAUGCGGACAACUGCCCGCACGCAAGAUUCCGUAAAAUAUUGCAGCUGCUGGUUGCAGUGGACCGAGGUUCUGACGUUUUCAGCAAGUUCCCCGACGUGGACAAACUUUUCGAGGUCCGAAUCGUGUCCGUGGAUUCUGCGUUACGCGGCCAGGGCAUAGCCAAGGCACUCAUCGAAAAGUCAAGAGAGCUAGCCAAGGACCAGAAAUUUCCUCUAAUUCGAGUUGACUGCACAAGCCAUUUCUCUGCCCGAGCUGUCGCCCGACUGGGCUUCGAGUGCGUGUUCACGCUGCGAUACGAAGACCACUGUCACAACGGGGAGCCUGUGUUCCGCCCGGAAAUCCCCCAUAACCAGGUCGCAACAUACGUUCUAAGACUUCAGCCCUAACUACUGAUGGAAAUUACAUCUCACAGACGAAGCACAUUUUCUUAUCCUCAUUAAACCUAAACCCUGUGACUGCAACACAAAAAUUAUAUCGACAUUUGCAACACUAGUUUCAAAACUGUACGUCUUGCGUCCCAGAUUUCAUCCCAGUAAUUAUUUUAAUUAAAUUAAUUAUUUAUAUGGAACAAGCGUUCUUUAUCCUGCCAUUUUGUAUCGGGAAAUCUUUUAGAUGAAGAAAAUAAAAACCCGAAGAGACUUAGAAUAAUUUGGCUAACUUUACAAAUGAGAACACGUGUUAGAGUUUUUAAAGGUUAAUAACAGAACUAACUCUUCAUGAAGAAUCUAAUAAUACGAUCAGAUAGUCAAGAAAUUCCUCGCCUUUUACGACACUCGAAGGUUCAUUACCGUGUUCACAACAGCUUGCCAUCGAAGGGUAAAUCGUAAAAUUACCCUAGAUAUUUAUCAAGACGACUGGUUGAAUGGAGGUAAGGCUCCACUCAUUCUUGACCUCAACACCAGAUGGAGGUAAGCGGUCAGCUCAGAAAAAAGCCACCCCCUACCCACUGGGUGAAGUACUUUGUAGGCCUGGGCACAAAACUACGAAAAUAUUGUCUUGCCCUUCUCGAGAAUCGAAUCCCAGUCAACUUUUGCACGCACGAAAUCAACCGUGGAUUUUCUACGUGCAUAAACUACCUCAUAACCUAAAAGAUGUAUAAACAUGCGAUGGGGUCGGACGACAAGAUUUUUCCUGUAUUUAUACGUUGUAUUGACGGUCUUACAUUUUAAUUAUUAUAUUUUCCCGUCAUUUAGUUCCUGACAAUGGAAAAUGGAAUAGUCUCCAAAAUCCAUUUUAUUUCGAAUCGACGCGAAGAAUUAGUUGCAUAAGUAUUCAUAUCACGUCACUCAGUAUAGUAAUAAUUGUAGUUCAUGCUAUGAAAAUGGCUCCCUAUUAGCAGUGAGAUGACUUUCUUUUUAAACUAGCAUCGUAAUUUUAUCCAAACAUCACAUGAAAUUAGAGUUAACAUUGGAAUCACACCCUGUAUCAAUACAGACAACUUCAAAAUGUGUCAACAUUAUUUUAAUGUACAAAUCAGAUUCAUACGUAAAUUAAACGAAUGGGAUAAAUAAUUAAAAAAAACUUACAUGUUUCUACUCAAUUUGAAAAAAAAAAUCAUCCCAUUGAGUCUGUGGGAUGAUCUUUCUUGUGGGUGUUACUUUGGGCGAAGAACAUGAAUAAAUAUUUGGAAAUAAUGUGCAUGGGAAAUAUCAGGACCUAUGACCAAUUCAGAAUAUUAUGUAACUAGAAACUUCCUGAUUUACACAAAUUACCUUCCACUACCAAAACAAUGAUAUGAUCUAAGAGGUUUAAGAUGGACGGGGAGUGUAACUAGGAUAGGGAAGUAAGAAUGUAUAUAAAUGUUGAUAAGGAAAUCCCUUGUAUAAUUUGAGGAUUAAUCUUGAAAAGACAUGGUAUGAGUAAAUAUCCAUAGGAUCGUA